AUGAAGAUAGAUUCGGAGCAGGGGAAGGUAACAGUGUCGGGCAACGUUGACCCGGCCACCAUCAUCAAGAAGUUGACCAAAAACGGCAAGCACGCAGAGCUAUGGGGCGCCCCUAAGCCCAACAACAACAACAACAACAACAACCAAAACCAAAUGAACAACCAGCUCAAGAAUCUCCAACUCGACACCGGCAAAGGCGGGAAGAACAACAACAACAACAAAAACAACAACAAUAACAAGCAGCAGCAACCGCCGAUGCUCUUGCCACAGGGGCAAAAGGGUAAUAACAACAACCCGCCCAAAGGAGGGGGCCUUCACCCCCAGCUCCCCCCUAUGAAGGGGUUCCAAGAUCUGAAGAUGAUGCCACCUCAGUUCAUGAAGGACAUGAAGAUGCCCUCUCUCGGUGGUGGUGGUGGGGCCCACAAUGGCAAGGGCCAAAUAAUUGGCGGGAAACCCCCCGGCGGCGGCGGUGGCACGAGCAAGUUCGAUGACGAUGAUGAGUUCGAUGACGACGAUGACGAGUUCGACGACGACGACGACGAGUUCGAUGACGACGAUGAUGAGUUUGACGACGACGAUGACGAGAUGGACGAAAUUGCCCCUCCUCCCAACAAGCCCAAGCCCGGCAUCAUGGGUGGAAAAGGUGGGGGGAUCCCGGGCCCACAAAUGCCGCCCAACGCCCUCAUGAACAACAUGAUGAUGAACGGUCUCAAGGGCGGCGGCGGCGGCGGAGCCUUUCCCGGAAUGAAGCCCGGCGCCGGCGCCGGCACCGGCGGCAAGAACGGCGGUGGUAAUAGUAAUAAUAACAGUAAUAGUCCGGCUGCCGGAAAGGGGGGUAAGAACGGCAGCGGCGGCGGUGGUAUGCCGCCAAAUAUGAAUGGUUUUAUGGGGAAGAAAGGGGGUGGUGGGAUGAGUGAUACUGGGCCCCACCACGGCAUGCCGCCUAACAUGAUGAUGGCAAUGAACAAGGGGAGCAAUCCGCCCCAACUGGGCGGCAAUCAUCCCCAAAUGGGCGGCAACAAUCAUCCGCAGAUGGGGAAUCUGGCGGCGGCCGUUCAGGGCUUGCCAGCCAUGAACGGAGCCGAGCACAUGGGAGGGAACCCGUACUUUCAACACCAGCAACAACAACAACAGCAACAGCAGCAGAUGGCAGCAAUGAUGAUGAACCAACAGAGGGCGAAUGGGAACGAGAGGUUCCAGCCGAUGAUGUACGCGAGGCCACCGCCAGCUGUCAACUACAUGCCUCCGCCGAUGCAUUAUCCGCCGUACCCGUACCCGCCGCCGCCAGGCGAGCGCGCCGACCAGUAUGCUAUGUUUAGUGACGAGAACACGUCUAGUUGUAGUGUGAUGUGA